GAGAGAGUGUGUAUGUGUGUGUGUGUGUGUGUGUCAGCCGUACCCAUCAUGGCCCCUGAGCAGCAGCUGAUCAGACGGACCGCCGCUCCGCCAUCCUCCUCCAGCGAGCAGCGGCACCGGUGAGGAGGCUCCAUGUGUCCCCCAUCCUCGGUCAGAUAUCUGAGCAAGAGGGCCGCGCUCCAGCCGCCCAGCGCGAACAUGAAUAAGGAUUAUUCCAUUAAUCUAUCGGUGCAGCAAGUGCUGAGCCUGUGGGUCCAGGGCACGGUACCGACCCUACAGCACUUCACAGAAAUGUGGUACUGGGUGUUCCUGUGGUGUCUAUUCUCGUCUCUGUUCGUUCACAGUGCUGUGGGUCUGUUGAUGUGUGUGACACUGCAGCGUCACAAGAGAGGACGGCUCAUCACAGUGGUGCUCAUCAGCGUGGGGUUCCUGGCUUCUCUCACCGGCGGGGCCAUCACCAGUGCGGCAGUAGCAGGUGUGUACCGUGUGGCAGGGAAGGACAUGGCUCCUCUUGAAGCUCUGGUGUUCGGAGUGGGCCAGACCGCUUUCACUGUCAUCAUCUCAUUCUCACGGAUCUUGGCCACCCUCUAAACGGACUAAAAGCAUCAUUGACUGACUCACCCAACAGCCAAAUCGGCCAGCAGAAGAGACAGGGUAGAGGUGAGUGGGGUCAAACCACAGAGGUUUGGUCUGCGGUACAAAACGAUGAGCUUUAGGAGUCACUAAUGGCCAAUGGACCAUUAUAUGAAACCCUCUGGAAUGGCAGUCUUGGAGAAUUUAACAUUUCAAGAAGCAAAAACAGCAGUAUAAGCCAAUGACUGAAACUCAAUCUACGUGCCAACUGACUCGAUGCAGGAUUGAGAUGAAUCUUGGGAUGUCUGUUCAUCUUUGUUAAACAUUUGUUUUGUUUUUGCACAUGGAUCGUUUCAGCUUUAUGUAAACUGGGUGGUUUUGGAGCUGUAGCUGGGCCGUAACGCCAAGAUGGAUGCACCAAAAACAUCCUCUAAUAAUUUGACUUGUCUGUCUGUCCUCAA